AUGAUUCCCCAGAUUGUUGUGAUAGUGACUACUAUCAAAUUUCUUUUCAUACCUUUAUAUCAUUCAACAGACUUUGAAGUACAUAGAAACUGGCUGGCCAUCACUCAUAAUUUAACAUUAGAUAGAUGGUAUUAUGAAAACACAUCAGAAUGGACCUUAGAUUACCCGCCUUUCUUUGCUUGGCUGGAGUUUGUUUUGUCGUUUAUAGCAAAGUAUUUUGAUCCUCAGAUGUUGUAUUUAACCAACUUGAAUUAUAAAUCUGAAAUGACAGUGUGGUUUCAAAGACUGUCAGUAAUUGCUUUGGACUUUUUCUAUAUAUAUGGUGUGAAAAGCUGUUCCAAUCUUAUUGGAAAUGGAAAACUGCUUGUAUUUAUAUUGUUGUUAACAAGUCCUGGCCUUUUGAUGGUAGAUCACAUACAUUUUCAGUAUAAUGGAUUUCUAUAUGGAAUACUUUUGUAUUCCAUUUCACAUAUAAUCAGAAGUAACAAUAUUACAGCAGCAUUUUGGUUUGCCGUUUUGCUCAAUAUGAAACACAUAUUUUUGUAUGUAGCACCUGUCUACAUUAUCUACUUGCUAAGAGCAUACUGCUUCACUAUAUCCUCUGAGGAUGGAGUUCACACACCUUGGUAUUCAUUCUCCAUAACCAACUUGUUUAAACUUGGCAUUACUGUUGUUAGUGUAUUUGGACUUUCAUUUGGACCAUUUAUACAACAUAUACCACAGGUUUUGGCAAGAUUAUUUCCAUUCAAAAGAGGUUUGUGCCACGCCUAUUGGGCGCCAAAUUUUUGGGCUAUCUACACAUUUGUGGAUAAGGUACUGCAAAAUAUUUUGCAAAAGUUUGGAGUAAUGGUAGCAAAAACAGAAGCAUCGAUGACAGGGGGAUUGGUUCAAGAGUAUCAACAUGCUGUUCUACCAUCAGUUACUCCAACUGUGACAUUCCUUUUAACCUUCGUAACAAUGGUACCAGCACUUGUUAAAUUAUGGCAUCUUGGCGCUGAUAGUAGAUAUAGGGUAUUAAGUUUUGUAAGAUGCCUUGCGGUUUGUGCGACUUGCUCAUUUUUGUUCGGCUGGCAUGUGCAUGAGAAGGCCAUUUUAUUAAUUUUGAUUCCAUUAAGCUUCUUGUCAGUGCUUGGCGACGUCGAUGGAAGACAAUUUCUAAUCUUGACAACUGUAGGAAAUUAUUCGUUGUUUCCUCUGCUAUUCCCAAAGAAUUUAUUAUGUAUAAAAAUAUUUAUACUUUUAACCCACGUUGCAAUAUCGUUCGUGAACAUUCCGACACUUUAUGAGCCACAAGGGAAAAUAAAGGGCGGUAGAAGACGGAGGGUGUUCCGCUUACCUAUGUUAAGACAUUCAGAGUCAUUAUAUAUCUAUGGUCUAAUAGUGUUGUGCGUCUAUGAAAAUGGUCUUCACGUAGUGUGGGGCUUAGAUAAAACGUUGCCAUUCUUACCAUUGAUGCUAACAGUUCCAGUUCAAGUCGAGUGUGGAAAACAGCUGAAUUUAAAACCUGAUUCCUAUUAA